UUUAUUUCUAAUUUCUCUAUUGCAAUUUGCCCUAUUGUUUUAGUGCUCCUACAAUACAUAUUACAGUAACAUUUUCAUUUUUCAAUUUGCCGUAUUGCGAUGUAACUUUAACUCCCUCCUGAUCAAGCCAAACACAGCACUAGAAACGAGUUCGACCUCACUUGUGUAAUUAAAACAUGAACAAUUCAUUCAAUCCCAGUCGUAAAAAUAGUAAAUUCGAUGCAGCAAAUCGUGAAGGAUUGAUGGCCUCAACCACAGUAGAUACACAUCAACACAUUUAUACACGAUAGAUAUGGAGAAAAACCCUAACUCUCGUUUUCAGUAGAUGUAAGAAUCAAAUUCAGGGGAAACUCCAACAAUCGAAACAUGGCGUUCGAAGUCCCGACGGAUCUGAUCCGCCAAGUCCAGAUCUCGCUUCGCGAAGACGCCGGACUCUCCUCCUACGACCCACAAGACCCGACCCUCCCUGCCCUCCCAUCGCUCGCCGGAUCGAUCGCAGGAUUCGACCCGUCGCCUCCGGACCUCCGGUGCAAGAAUUGCAAAGGAAGGCUUGUCAGAGGGUUACAAUCGGUGAUUUGUGUGUACUGUGGCAAUCAACAACUGAAAGAGGUCACUCCUGAUCCAAUCGCCUUCAAAUCGACUUUUGGGUAUCGAUGGUUACUUCAAUCUUUGGACUUGGAUGAAUCGGAGACUAUAGGACCGCCCAUUGAAGGAAAUGAAUCAAACAGAGGAAAAAGUUCAGGCAAAGAUGAAAUUUCAUUGUCUGAUCUCUUAAAUUUACAGAUAAUAUGGCCAGCUGAGUCAGAGAAACCUGGAACUAGUUUUACAAACAAGGUACUUGUACAGGACCAAAGUUCUUUGAACUUGACUGGAGCUGACGUGGACAACUUUUUUCCAGAACCAAGACAAGAUACUGUUUCUAAUGCAACAGAAAAACAGCCAGUGAAAAUUGAGCAGUUUGAUAAUAUAAAGGCUAGUACAUUUGUGGAUCAAGAAAAUAUCAGCUUAUUUCUAAAUGCUCAGCCAUCUGAGACAGCUGUCAGAUCUCAUGAAGAUGUAAAGGGUGAGCAGUUUUCUGGUUGGGCGGAUUUUCAGUCUGCUGGUUCAGGAAAUCAGCAUGAAGGUUCAAAAUCAUUUGACCCUUUCGAAGGUUCCACAAUUGAUCUUUCCUCCCACAUGGACUCAGUCUUUGGAACUGGGAAAGAUUUAAAAGAUGGAAAACCUGGGAAUGAUUCACAUGCCUUUUCUUCAGUGACUAAUGACUUGAUUCAAGAUGAUGUUUGGAAUAAUCUCAACUCUACGGUGUCUCAUCAGGCUGAGCAAUUUGAUGCAACCAUGAAAGCUGAGGGUAGUGUCACAGCUGAUAAUUUAAACAAUCCUUCUAGCAGUGGUGAUUGGUUACAGGAUGAUCAAUGGCAAACCAGCAGCACAAAUGCACCGGGGAAUAAGGCACUCAGUAAAGAGGGUGAUUCAUUUGAUGGGUGGAAUGAUUUUGCAAGCUUGACUAGUGCACAAGAUUCUUCUAAGGAUUCCUCGAAUCGAAGUGAUAAUCACACUGCCCCCUUCGAUGAACAAACAUCGGAAAUAAAUUUGUCCAGCUCAACCAACAAUUUUCAAGAAAUGGAUUUUGGUAGCUUUUCACAACCAGAUCUCUUUUCCGGAUCAUCUAGCAAUCAAAUUGGUAAUGGAGAAGUGAAUAAAUUGCAGUUAAAGGUUCCUGCUUCAGACAGGAUGGCUGAUACAAAAAAUGAAGUUGGAGAAAAUGUUGGACAAGCUGCGAAAGAUGGAGAUGUUCCCAGUGCAACCACACAGACAAAGGAUGAUGCAGAGAAUCUGUUUUCACAGAUGCAUGAUCUUUCUUUCAUGCUCAAGAACAAUCUCUCAGUCCCCUCAAAGUCAGAUGGUCUGUCUUCAUUUUCACAAGAUUAAGACCAUUUUUUGUGUCAUUGAGCUUUUGUUCAUUACUAUCCCAUUUCUAGUUCCAGUAGUUCCGAACUGCAUUCCUUAAUGACCUAAAUGGGUAAUGGAUUUUGAUAUCCUACAUGUAGUGUCUGAUGCCCCUUCCAUGGAUCGUAAAGGAAAUAUUAUGAAAUUGGGUGAAGUAAUGAUUGGUUGUGCAUUGCAAGUUUUUUCUGAUGGAUUAUUGAAAAUUCUAACUUUUUUACUCC